AUGAAGCUGGGGAAGUGCUAUGACAGUGACAUUGAUUAUUUCUUUAAAAGUCGAGCUGGUCGACCACUCAUCAUCGACAAUGAUGCUGUAAGCAGGCACGGAAAGCACGCCGAACUGGAGUCAGACGGCGUGGUUCCAACCAAUUGGGUCAGAGGGUCGGUCCGCGACAUCACCUUAAACGGUUUGGACUCGGCUCGGCCAGCAAGGUGCCCCGGCGCCACCCAUUUCAUUAUCUCCGGCAAAUUUUUGGGGGAAGAAAUGGAAGGGACCAGAGUCGGAGCGCGCACCCGAUUUCGCACUUGUACCUUUUCCUCACCCCCUCAUCCGUCAAACCGCCCGUCAUUUUCCACUUUGGCCAACCUCUUACUGCACCACAUUUCUGCCGAACGGAUGACCGCAGCAUCUCUCCCAAGCUCCGACUUCCCCGACGAUGCAAGCUGGUCCGCAAUGACUACCAUCCACCAGGCCACCCGAGGCCAGGACCACGACAGAUUUGAUCCCGAUGACUCUUUCCCAAUGGCGCGAAUAGCUCAGCCCCCGACCAACGGCAGCGGAGGAAGCGACGAUGAUAUUACAGCGCCGCAAAAGAUGAUCUCGGCCAUGUCGGGUAGUCUUUUGACAUCGCUUCUCGUGACGCCCCUCGACGUUGUCCGAAUCCGAUGGCAGUCGCAAAAUGUCACCCCGCCGACGGUAGACUUUUCACGGCUGGCUAUGACCACCGACACCCUCAAGACUUUCAACACAUCGAACCUCGGAGUCACAGCAUGCUGCCGUGAGGUAUUCUUCAUGAACAACAACUCCGAACUAUGUCUCGCGAUGCCGAGAGCGGCAGAAGGCGCGGGAGCUUCCGCUGCUGCUGCAUGCUCUGUCGAGGAGGUUGAGCGCAAGACAAUCAGCUCUACCAUGGACGGUCUGAAGAAGAUUGCGCGAAAUGAAGGAUUCACCAGCCUAUGGAGGGGUUUGUCUCCCACAUUGCUAAUGACGAUCCCGGGUAACAUUAUCUACUUUACUGGCUACGACUGGAUGAGAUACAAUAGAAAGAGCCCAAUCGCGCAAAGGCUCAACGACGAUACCGCCCCGUUGGUUGCCGGUUCCGCAGCUCGCGUUCUGGCCGCAGCUGCCGUCAGCCCGAUCGAGCUCUUCCGUACAAGAAUGCAAGCCUCGACAGGCAACUCUACGACCGGCCAUCUCGCAAACACGUUCCGCGACAUCAAGGAUAUGGUCCACAGCAGCGGAUAUACUUCGCUAUGGAGGGGCCUGACCUUGACACUGUGGAGAGAUGUGCCCUUCUCAGGUCUGUACUGGUGGGGAUACGAGACGAUCCGGGGUAGAUUGACAGAUUUCCGAGAGACCCGCCGCGGCCGGACUUUGGAUACUAGAGGAUCACGAACUCAGUCGCGGCGCAGGUCUCAGAGCCACGAAAACCACACGGAAACCAUGACGGACAGCUUCAUUGCUGGUGCCGUCUCGGGCGGGUUCGCAUCGAUAGUCACCAUGCCGUUCGACGUGGGCAAGACAAGGACGCAAGUGUAUCGCGAAGCGCCCCGUCAAGCGGGCGAAGCCAACGCGGCCAAAGCCGCUGCGGCUGAACAGGGCUCCAUGGUGCGUUUGCUCUGGCAUAUCUUCACGACGGAGGGCAUCGGCGGUCUGUGGAAAGGAUGGAUACCCAGAACGCUCAAGGUGGCUCCGGCGUGCGCCAUCAUGAUCAGCAGUUACGAAGUCGGAAAGCGGCAUUAUUGGGCGUUCAGCGGGCUGCUAUCUAUUGACGACGGGAAGGAAAAGAACCCAGGCCUGGAGUUUGCAUGCCGAGCGGCAUACGUCGCGUCUUGGCUGAUCCCAGCCUUGUAUGGAAGGGAUGCAUUGCCCAAUAAUGGACCAGUAUUAACCCUGAGUCACCACUUCGUCCCAAAAAGCCGACGGGAGCUCUCAGGGGCGAUUGCAACCGCUAAGCAGCCGGGGCCGCUGCAGGGCUGCAGCUCCCAGGCAGCUCCCCGCCCCCUACCAGCCACUAAAAGCUUUCAGGACGCGCCAGAACAGCGGGUCAAUCAACUCGCGUUAAUGACUUUUUCCAGUUGUCCUCUACGCCUCUCCAGGUUAGCAACCUACGCCGUCCUACGUCCGCGGCCAGGUCAACGGCCUGCCAACGUCAUCGUCUCCCUCUCGUACAGCCUUCCCUCUCCACACGCCAACAUGUCCACACUCAAGCGUAAGGCCGGCACGCUGUCCGCCUCCGACAGCAAGAAGCCCAAGCAAGAUGGGAGCAUCAUGUCCUUCUUUGGGGCCCCGAAGCCGGCGGCCGGCAACAAGGGGGCCGGUUCCACCGCAGCAGGUGCCGCCGGUGCUGCGGCCGCUCCCGAGGCGCCUGCGGUCAAGUUUGACAAGGCCAAGUGGGUUGCCGGACUGACGGCCGAGCAGAAGGAGCUGCUGCAGCUCGAAAUCAGCUCGCUGCACGAGAGCUGGCUCGCCCUUCUCAAGGACGAGGUCACCAGCAAGGAGUUUCUGGACCUCAAGCGCUUCCUCAACAGGGAGUCGGAUGCCGGGAAGAAGUGGUUUCCCCCAAAGGAGGAUGUGUACUCUUGGUAUGUCCCAACUCUGAUCCAAGCAUCGUCCCGUCACACCCCUUUCAACACAGUCAAGGUCGUUAUCCUCGGCCAAGACCCCUACCACAACGUGAACCAGGCCCACGGCCUCGCCUUCUCCGUCCGCCCGCCCACUCCGGCCCCGCCAUCACUCAAGAACAUGUACAUCGCCCUGAAGAAGGACUACCCUUCCUUCUCCCCGCCCCCCAACAAGGGCGGCCUCCUGACCCCCUGGGCCGACCGCGGCGUCCUCCUCCUCAACACGUGCCUGACGGUGCGGGCCCACGAGGCGAAUUCCCACGCUAACCGCGGCUGGGAGCGCUUCACGCAAAAGGUCAUCGACCUCGUCGCCGCCAAGCGCUCGCGCGGCGUCGUCUUCAUGGCGUGGGGCACGCCCGCGGGCAAGCGCGUCGUCAAGGUCGACGCCCAGAAGCACCUCGUCCUCAAGAGCGUGCACCCGAGCCCGCUCAGCGCGUCGAGGGGAUUUUUCGACUGCGGGCACUUUAAAAAGGCAAACGAGUGGCUCGUUACCCGGUACGGCGCUGGCGCCGAGAUUGAUUGGGACCUGAGCGGGACGACGAAGAAGGUGGAGGCCAAGGUUGUUGCCCCGCCGGAGACCAAAGUCACCAAGACGAUCGACGUUGACGAGGACGAAGAGGCCGAGAUGGCCAUGGCUGCGGCUGCGGCUGAGGCUGAGAAGGAGAAUGAGAAGGCCAAGGAUUCGCCCAAGGAUGAUACCGAAGAAGAGGAGUAA